AUGGAUAAUCCACUGCAUUCUGAAUUCACUAAAGAAAUUAAAGAAACCCUACAAAACAAUAAUCAAGCUUUAGCUGUUGCAAAGAUCCAGGAGUAUUUGGACAAGAAGAACAACACCCCACUGAAUAUUGCCAUCACAGGAGAGACAGGCUCUGGUAAAUCCACCUUUGUCAACAGAGAUGAGAGAGCUGCCCCUACUGGUAGUGUAGAAACCACAAUGAAAGUUACACCAUACACCCAUCACUACCCCAAUGUUACUCUGUGGGAUCUUCCUGGUGUUGGAACCACCAAGUUUCCAGCUGACAAAUACCUGGAGCUUGUUGGAUUUGAGAAGUUCGACAUCUUCAUCAUCAUCUCAGACACUCGCUUCAGAGAGAAUGAUGUGAAACUCGCUCAGGAGAUUCAGAAGAGGGAGAAAAAGUUCUACUAUGUUCGCUCAAAGAUUGACAACGAUUUACGAGCUGAGAAAAGAAGUCAGAGGGAGUUUGAUGAGAAAAGACGAUCACACAAAUCAGGGAAAAUGCAUUCAAGGUAA